AUGAUGAUCAACACCAGGCGCCGCCGCUCGCUGAACCAGCCGACUCUGACGCCACCUGCGUCGCCUCACACUCGAAUCUCCGCCGAAGUAGAGGGUAAGCCAAUUGACGCGGUACGCUCGGAGGGCGACGACGAUGAAGAAGCGGUGUCGCCAACGCUCGGCUCGACUCCGUCGCAGAGCACCAGGCGUAGGCAGGAUAGGCGUAACAGAGCGAAGGCCGCCGUCAAGAAGGCGAUCGACAAGAGCUCGAGAACGAAGAAGGCCAAGCAGACGAAAACCUCGCCGCGAUCCAAGCGGGUUCUCACCCGCGGCAGCAGCGGCUUAAAGACGACAAGCGAGGCCGACAAGGAGAACGUGGACGUCAACGUCAACGUCGACGUCAACACCGACAGUCUUACCAAGCCGAAGUCGAGUAGCGCCAAGCGUUCGACCAGCAAGAGCAAGGGCACCCACAAGAGCGAGGCGUCGAGUAGGAGCUCAAAGACUGCCCUUACCGUGCGCCGCCGAUCUCGAGAAGCUGCCGCUCUCGCCGCAUCUCCUUCGAGGCACACAGAUGACGACGAGGACGACGAUCGCAAGUUGGACAGCAAGGACGAGGAAGAAGAGGAAGACGAAGAGUGGAAAGAAGAGAAGCGGCCCGCGAAGCGCACGAAAAGGCUGCCGGUCUCCGUCAUGCCCUCGCCGCCGCUCAAGGGAUUCCGCGUCGGGACGAAGCAGAGGAAGCGGAUCACGUCGGCGUCUGGCUCGUUCGACGAUCUUGCCGCCAUGGAUUCGGACGACCACCCGGCACAGGAGAGCGAGCAGACAACAACGCGCUCAGCGAUAAUGAGGAAGCCGAUGCUGCCGGUCAGGAUUGCGGAGGUGACGAAGAGAAGUAAGACGUCUGAUGCUGCGACAACGUCAACCUCCUCUGCAACGAUAUCAUCGCCCGUCACGGGCAAUUCAAACGCGUGGGAACUCUCGCCCACAUCUCAUCCAUCUUCGUCUCGGGCCUUGUCGACCUCGCGCUACACUCUUGCCUGCACGUCGCCGUCGCCUUCGACCUCGCCUUCGCUGCCCGCAUCACCGUCGCACCCGCACACGGCAUCAGAUUCCUUGUCCGCUUCGAACGAUCGCUCGUGGGACUGUCUUCGCUGUGGAUGCAAAGGCAAAACGACCGGCCUACCGGCGGUAGGCGAGCUCGUAGCGGGCGUGGUGGCAAACGUCAACAAGUGCGGCGUGUUUGUUGAUAUUGGGGAAGAGCCAAAGCUUCAAAUCACAAUGUCGCUGACGAGCCCAUCGACCGUGAUUGCCCCCGACGAAGGCUCCAUCCACACGGGGACCGUGUCGUCCGUCCACGGCUAUGGAAUUUUUAUCACGAUUCCCGGCUACGCCAAGCAAGGCAUGCUGCGCCGUUGCAAGGACCUGACGUGCGGGCAGACAGACACGGGAAACGGGCGCCUCCAAUACGAUCUGGAGUUGGUCAGCGAUGCCGUGGGGUACCCGAGCGGUAGCGCGCAAGGCGUGGCCUACGGCACCGAACAAACGCAACCGGCUUCACACAACUUAGCUUGUCUCAGCUGCGGCUCGAGCUCGCCCUAUGUCCAUUACUCGGCCGGCACUGGGUAUGGCGAGCAUCUCCAGCAACAGCAACAUCCACAACAACAACACGCGACAGCGGACGUGCUGGAUGUCACCCUCGAGAGCCUUCAACAUAUGCGGCUGGAUCGCGACACCCUCUUGCAGUGGUACACAACGAGCGCCGAUCAAUUCGAGACUAUCGUGAACGGUUUCCUCGUUCGCGUCAAGGACAUGAGCAAUCAAUACGCGAUUGGCCGCGUGGUGGGCUGCGAGAGGAUCGCACCCUAUCGCCACGACCUCCUGGGAUCCCUGGUGUGCAACCUGAACCUCCUCGUCAGAGUCUCCGGCGACGCCUCAGAACCCAAACCGUACGCGCUGUAUAUGACAUCGUCGCAGCCCUUCUUGCGGGACGAGUUCGAAGCGUAUCAGCUGCGCGUGGCGAUGAACCCCGAGGAGGCCCUCACAGCACCCAGCGAACUUCAGCAGAAGCUGCGCGUCAAGCGGAUCAUGCACGAACGCCUCCUCAAGUAA